ACUUAAGAGAGAGAAGGAGAGACCACGCUGAUUGCUGAGAGGAACUGGAAGGAAAAAAAGCCCCAAACUCAAUGAGAAGAACUCUCUCGCCAUGAGUAGCGCUGUGUUGGUGACUCGACUCCCAGACCCCAGCAGCAGCUUCCGAGAGGAUGCCCCGCGGCCCCCAGUCCCUGGGGAAGAAGGGGAGACCCCACCGUGCCAGGCCGGCCUGGUCAAGGGCCAGGUCACCAAACCCAUGCCAGUGUCCUCCAGUGCCAGGCGAAAUGAGGAUGGGCUGGGAGAGCCAGAGGGGCGGGCCUCCCCAGAAUCUCCUCUGACCAGGUGGACCAAGUCUUUGCACUCCUUGUUGGGCGAUCAGGACGGGGCUUAUCUCUUCCGGACUUUCUUGGAAAGGGAGAAAUGUGUGGAUACCUUAGACUUCUGGUUUGCCUGCAAUGGAUUCCGGCAGAUGAACCUGAAGGAUACCAAAACUUUACGAGUAGCCAAAGCGAUCUACAAAAGGUACAUCGAGAACAACAGCAUUGUCUCCAAGCAGCUGAAACCUGCCACCAAGACCUACAUACGCGAUGGCAUCAAGAAGCAGCAGAUCGACUCCAUCAUGUUUGACCAGGCACAGACCGAGGUCCAGUCAGUGAUGGAGGAAAAUGCCUACCAGAUGUUUUUGACUUCUGAUAUAUACCUCGAAUAUGUGAGGAGUGGGGGAGAAAAUACAGCAUACAUGAGCAAUGGGGGACUGGGCAGCCUGAAGGUCGUGUGUGGCUAUCUCCCCACCUUGAACGAAGAAGAGGAGUGGACUUGCGCUGACUUCAAAUGCAAACUCUCACCCACAGUGGUUGGCUUGUCCAGCAAAACUCUGAGGGCCACAGCGAAUGUGAGGGCCACAGAAACAGCUGAAAAUGGAUACAGGUCCUUCAAGAGGAGUGAUCCUGUUAAUCCGUACCAUGUAGGUUCUGGCUAUGUCUUUGCGCCUGCCACCAGCGCCAAUGACAGUGAGAUCUCCAGUGAUGCACUGACUGAUGAUUCCAUGUCCAUGACAGACAGUAGUGUAGAUGGAAUCCCUCCAUACCGCGUGGGGAGUAAGAAACAGCUUCAGAGAGAGAUGCAUCGCAGCGUGAAGGCCAAUGGCCAAGUGUCUCUACCUCAUUUCCCGAGAACCCAUCGCCUGCCCAAGGAGAUGACGCCUGUGGAACCUGCUACCUUUGCUGCCCAGCUGAUCUCCAGGCUGGAGAACCUGAAGCUGGAGCUGGAAAGCCGCCACAGCCUGGAGGAACGGCUACAGCAGAUCAGAGAGGAUGAAGAGACGGAGGGGUCGGAGCUGGUGCUGGGCUCACGGGAAGGGGGUCCCCCGCAGCACCCCCUCUCCCUCCUGCCCUCCGGCAGCUAUGAGGAGGACCCGCAGACGAUUCUGGAUGACCACUUGUCGAGGGUCCUCAAGACCCCUGGCUGCCAGUCACCAGGCGUGGGCCGCUACAGCCCCCGCUCCCGCUCCCCAGACCAUCAUCACCACCACCAGCACCAUUCCCUCCUCCCACCUGGGAGCAAGCUGCCCACCUCGGCUGCCACGUUGGCCAGCUGCCCUCUGCUGGGGGGCAAGGGCUUUGUGGCCAGGCCAACCACAAAGCAUGUCCACCACCAUUACAUCCACCACCACACGGGGCCCAAGACUAAGGAGGAGGUUGAGGCUGAGGCCGCUCAGAGGGUACACUGCCUGUGUUCGGGGGGCACCGAGUAUUACUGCUACACCAAGUGCAAGAGCCAUCCCAAGGUGCUGGAGCCCAUGCCGGGGGAGACAUUCGGCAGCAGCAGAGGCAGUACCUUGCCCAAACGGAGUGGGAAAGGCACGGAGCCGGGCCUGGCCCCGCCCACCAGGGAAGGAGGGGCCCCAGGUGGGGCUGGGGCGCUGCAGCUUCCUGGGGAGGAAGGAGACAGGUCGCAGGAUGUCUGGCAAUGGAUGCUGGAGAGCGAGCGGCAAAGCAAGCCCAAGCCCCAUAGUGCCCAAAGCACAAAAAAGGCCUACCCUGGGGAGUCUGCCCGCAUCGCUCCUGGAGAACAGCGAGCCGGCCGGCACCAUCUGUGGGGGGCCAGCAAUGGGCACCCCCGUGCCAUCCCCCGGAACCACCCAUUCACCCCGGACCCUGCCAUGCCUCCCCUGACCCCACCCAAUACCCUGGCACAGCUGGAGGAGGCCUGCCGCAGGUUGGCUGAGGUCUCAAAGCCCCCAAAACAGCGGUGCUGUGCAGCCAGUCAGCAGAGGGACAGAAACCACUCGGCCACUGGUCAGGCAGGAGCCGUGCCCUUCUGCACCCCAAGCCUGGCUCCUGAAGACCACAAAGAGCCAAAGAAGCUGGCAGGUGUCCACUCGCUCCAGGCCAGUGAGCUGGUUGUCACUUACUUUUUCUGUGGAGAAGAGAUCCCCUACAGGAGGAUGCUGAAGGCCCAGAGCUUGACCCUGGGCCACUUCAAAGAGCAGCUCAGCAAAAAGGGAAAUUACAGGUAUUACUUCAAAAAAGCGAGCGACGAGUUUGCCUGCGGAGCGGUGUUUGAGGAGAUCUGGGAUGACGACACGGUGCUCCCCAUGUAUGAAGGGAGGAUCCUGGGUAAGGUGGAGAGGAUCGACUGAGCCCUUCGGGGCCUGCUGUGGGGAACUGUCCAACUGGAGUCCACAGGACACGUCUUGGCCAUGAGCAACAGCAACAAACUUGGAAGGAAAAUUAAACCAAUGAAGUCUGGGGAGAAUUGGCCACUGGGCCUUUGGGAGGGUGGGGGGAGGUUGGUUUUCACUAUUCACGAGCUGGGUACUGAGAUAAGAAAGCCUGAACUAUUUAUUAAAAACAUGACCACUCUUGGCUAUUGAAGAUGCAGACUGUAUCUGAGAGACUUCGUACAUCGUCUGUGACCUCUAGGGAUCUGAAAUCCAUAAACUGAGAGAGACUGUAUAGCUUAUCUGAACAGAAGUCCUUAUGGUAUUUAUUGAACAAUUGAUCCCCCAUCCCCAGUUUAUGGAUAUGCUGCUUCAAACAUGGAAGGGGGAGA